AUGUCAUACACACUCUACAUUGGCAACAAACGUUACUCGAGCUGGUCCAUGCGGCCGUGGGUGCUCUUCAAGGCCAUUGGUGUGCCCUUUGAGGAGAAGCUGCAAUUCUUCCAGCCCACGCAGCGCCAGCCCGACUUCAUCGCCUUUUCGCCCACCGCCAAGGUGCCCUGCCUGCACGACACCUCCACCACGACCGUUAUCUGGGACUCGCUGGCCAUUUGCGAGUACGUGGCCGAGAGCCACCCGGCGGUGUGGCCGGCCGACCGCACUGCCCGGGCCUUUGCCCGCAGCGCCGCCGCCGAGAUGCACACGAGCUUCCCCGCGAUCCGCGACCAGUGCUCGAUGAAUGUCGGCCUGCGCAUCGAGUUUGGACCCGUCGGUGCAGACCUGCAGAAGGAGCUGGACCGCAUGACGACGCUCUUCAGCGAGGGCCUGGACAAGUUUGGCGGGCCGUGGAUCGCGGGACCGACGUUUUCGGCGGCCGAUGCAUUUUAUGCGCCGAUUGCAUCACGCAUGAAGACAUUCGGUCUGGAGCUCCCUGGGAAAGCUGGAGAGUACAUGGAGCGUCUGUUUGAGCAUCCUGCGGUGCAACAGUGGAUCAGUGAGGGUAUUGCUGAACACUCGAGGGAGCCAUUCCAUGAGGCAGAUUGCAUUCGUGGUCGCAAGAUUCUCCAAGAUCUUGAGCAAUCCAACUAG